AUGCCACCCUUGACCACACACCCCUUCCUCCCCCCCGCCUCGUCCAGCACACACCGGUUACCACAGCAAACCCCCAAACCAUGCCACAAAAGGGAAGAGAGCCAGGGCUGCAAUCAGCACAACCUUGUCACACCACAAACAGGGAGAGAUAGAGCGGCACGGCACACCACUGCACCUCACGGCCCGCUCAGGCCCUCAGCGGAACCGGGACACUGCUGCCGGACGGGACAAGAGGAGGCAGAGGCUUCAGGACCUCACUGGAGCCACGAGGAGGUGCGGAGAGCUGCCGUUACCAUCAGCAAAACUACACCUAUGUCCGCUCAAAGGGAGAGGGGCGGCGGCCAAGGCGGAUGUCUGUAG